GCUUAUGACCACGCUUGUUGUAAGUGGGAGGAGUAGCUCUUCAUUCAAACCACUUUUGUAAACAAAAUCGUCUUAAUCGGCAUAUAUAUAUAUAUAUAUUUUAAAACUUCAAGGAGCCUUGUUUGUCUGGACUGUGGCAUUCAUCGUCGUUUUGGCUUUGGUGGAUGUUUGAUCUUAUUUUCUGAUCUGGCUGGGACCUGAGGGACGCAGGGAAGAAGCCAUUUUCCUAGCUAGCUAGGUUAGCUAGCGAGCUACUUUACCAUUCGGCGAGGACUGGCGGAUCUAAUUCGGUCUAAUUCGGUUGUGGAUGUAUUUGACAGUUGCUCGGGGACUGAGUUGUGGGCACUCAACAAAGACACACUCGACUGGCUUAAUAUACAACUUCAAAGAACGUUUUGUGUUUAGCUUUCAAGCUAGCCAAGGGGCUAGCUCGCGAGCUGACGCUAACGGUUCGUUAUUUUCGAAAAAAAAUGAGUUUCGUCUGUCGACAGCAUGCCGAGUUUUCUCCAAACCUCCGACCCGUCCGCCAGAAGUUGCAGUUUUCCACCAGUGACGGCGAGGAGGACAGCAUCGAGGACGUCAACAACAGCACCGGGGCUGAGUCCGGUUUUACGGAGCUAGAUUCGCCCGUGCGCCCGCGUCGCGGUAGCGCGAGGCGGGGAGAGGCGCACAGCAGCCCUCUGGACCGAACACGGGACGACGACGACGAGGAGGACGCAGAGUCCUGGGACGAAGAGGGAUUCGGCUCGCCGUCUCACCUGCAGACAGAGAAACACCCGAAGAACGCGCCGUCGCCACGGAAAAGCCCCCGCGCGUACGACAGUUCACCGGAGAGGAUGUGCGCGCACGAUGACACGGAGGGCUCGAGCUCUCCCGUUCCGGACUGUCCGGACACGCCACCCCACAAAACCUUCAGGAAGCUCCGUCUCUUUGAUACUCCCCACACCCCGAAGAGCUUGCUCUCCAGAGCGAGGACUUCAGGAUCUACAAAUAGACGAGUAGCUCUCUUCAAGAAUGUGGAUUGCAAGCGCAAGGCCGGUCUGGAGGGGAGGCGACCCCAAACCCCUCUGGUCAACAUUAACCCCUUCACGCCUGACUCCAUCAUCAUCCAGUCAACACAGCAGAGGAACAACAGGAAGCGCUCUCACUGGAACGACUCCUGUGGAGAGGACAUGGAAGCCAGUGAUGCAGAGACUGAAGAGGACAUUAUUCCACCCUCAAAGAGAAUUACUAUGAUGGAGAGUAACAUGACGUCACGAUAUGCAUCGGAGUUUCAUGAGCUGGAGAAGAUUGGUUCGGGCCAGUUUGGUGCUGUGUUCAAAUGUGUUAAAAGAUUAGAUGGAUGCAUAUACGCCAUCAAGCGCUCCAAGAAGCCACUGGCAGGCUCUGUGGAUGAGCAGAAUGCACUUCGUGAGGUCUACGCACACGCGGUCCUCGGACAGCACCCCCACGUGGUGAGGUAUUACUCUGCGUGGGCUGAGGAUGACCACAUGCUGAUCCAGAACGAGUACUGCGAUGGCGGCACCCUGUCAGACGUCAUCGCGGAGAACUACAGACACAUGCACUUCCUGUCCGAGCUGGAGCUGAAGGACCUGCUUCUGCAGGUGUCCAGAGGACUGAAGUACAUUCACUCCACAGCUCUGGUGCAUAUGGACAUUAAGCCCAGUAACAUAUUCAUUUCACGGAAACCUGCAGUGAGUGUUGAGGAGUUUGAAGAUGAAGAGGACGGACCGAGCACUAGCGUGAUUUACAAAAUAGGUGACCUAGGUCAUGUGACCAGGGUGACCAAUCCCCAAGUUGAAGAGGGUGACAGCAGAUACCUGGCUAAGGAAGUUCUCCAGGAGGACUAUAGUAACCUGACUAAGGCAGAUAUAUUUGCUCUGGCCCUGACCGUGGUCAGUGCCUCUGGAGCUGAGCCCCUGCCUAGCAACGGGGAAAAAUGGCACAAAAUCCGAGAGGGAAUACUGCCCCAUAUCCCACAAGUGCUCUCGAAGGAGUUCUUAAGCUUGCUCAAGCUUAUGAUCCAUCCAGACCCCACACGGAGACCUUCAACCUCUGACCUCAUCAAGCACUCUGUCCUGCUGACCGCGUCUAGAAUGAGUGCUGAUCAGCUGCGUGUGGAACUCAACGCAGAGAGAUUCAAGAAUGCCCUCCUCCAGAAGGAGCUCAAAAAGGCUCAGAUGGCCAAAGCAGCAGCAGAAGAGCGAGUUCUCUCAACAGACAGGGUUCUGACCCGCUCAAUAGUGCAGUCUGGCUCCAGAAGCUCACGGCUCAUUGGGAAAAAGAUGAAUCGUUCUCUCAGCCUCACCAUAUACUGAACCCGAACUGAACCUGAACUGAAUUUCCUCUGCAGAACCAACAGUGGUGCUCUAUCAUGGAUUCCAUAGACACAAAACUUUGACUGCUUAUGCUGGUUUGUGUUUUUUUUUUUCUUUUUUUUUUUCUCCUUUCUUUCUUACAGAAACUAGGAGGGGAAUGCGUCUACCUGUUUGUACAAACAUGGGCUUAGAUGAUUUUCUUUGCAUGCUCAGAUGACCCUUUGCAGGUUUCCCUUGUCCGUUUUAGAUUUGUGGAUGUUUCAGUAUGUAGUAAUUUCCUACGGUAGUCAACGUCCGUACCACAUCCCAGGUCGUUUUCCUUUGCCUCUAUGAGUUCUGCAGGGCGAGGGCUGCCCAGUCUCCCUGCACUUCUAAUGUUUCUGACCAUUGCUUGUAGUUGAGGGACUGGUGGUGGCUGAAAGCCCUAGUUUCCAGAUGUUCCAGACCUAAGACUUGUGCACCUUACUGCCUGUGAAAAAUGCCUGAUGUUGACUGAUGAAGGUUGGGGCGUAUGCGUUGAUUGCCAUUAAAUUGAGCACUUUGGAGGCAAUGAGGAGCUUGCCAGAACGCCUGCUGCUAUUCGUGUUCGUCUCUUUCCAUUUGUGGUUGGAAGAUUUUGUCCUAAACGUUUACAUUGGUUAGAAUCAUCUAUCGUUUUUUGAUAUCCAAUUAUUGACACCCGAACCCCCCAAGAAACGACGAUCAAGUCUCCUACAGCAAUCGCAGUUAUACAUAUUUUUUUUCCGCGUAGUCCAAAGCACGAGGACAAGAAUUGGGGUGAUUAUCUAAACACGUGAUUAGGAAGAAAAAAACAACUACUGGGCAAAUUCAUCUACAUUCAUCGGACCACCCCAAAGCGUUAACUAUUGCUUAAACUGGAAGCAGAAAGACUUAAAUGCCAUAAAUGCAUCUGACUCUUAGGUCUCCAGGCCUGUUUGUAGCAUUAAAACAAUCGCUGUUUGUUCUUUGAAUCCUUUUCCGUUAACAAGUAAUGUGUGUUUCAGUUGCUACUACUGCAGUUUCUCGGGUACUGUUUGUUCUCACUCUACAGCUAUCCAACACGCUCUUGUUUUUCUUGUAAAUAUGUUAUUUUAAUAAA